AUGGACAGCCUGUAUGAGGCGGUGCAGAGCUCCAGUGACGGCCCCCCGCCGCCCAUCCCCAGCCGCUCCUCCAGCCGUGCAUGCAGCCGCUCUGCAAGCCGCUCCUGCAGUCCGGCGGUCCUGCUGGACGACAACACAAAGUGGCGCGGCUCUGGGAGGUCUAUUUCUAUGGAGAUGCCUCAGAUGCAGGGCACCAACUCAAAUCAAAAGAAGAGAAGAACACACAUAUCCAAAUCUGCAUCGGAUAACGAGACACUGGAUAACCCCGGCUGUAAUACUGCAGUUUGGCAGCCCGCCAAGAGCCGGGAAGAUUUAGUCCACAUCUCCAACAAUCACAAUGAAGAGACGAGGAAGACAAAACACAGAACAGAAACCAAAGAAGUGAAAGGAGCUCAUCAUUCUGGCACAAAGAAAAAGGAGAAACCGUCCUCAAGCCAGAGUGUCCAAGCCAAUAGCGCCGCCGCAGAGUCAAAACCUGCUGUCAAAAGAAACCAAAAGACUGGAAAGAAGCCGAGUGGAAAGAGCGGAAAAGAAGGGUCGAAGAAAAGUCACAACUCAACAGUGCACUCCCCACCAUGCGCUAUGAGCCCACCCAUGGGACCUCACCAUCUGGACGUGUCAUACAGGUCAGAUAGGAGGCCCUACCUGGGCAAGUUCUCCACCCUCCCCGCUCAAGAGAACGCAACCCCGGGCCGAUGCACAGACAUCGCCACCCUCCCUGGUGGAGCGACUCCCACCCACACCCACCACCAGCGCUGGAGCAACCCGGGCGACAGCAGUCCCGUCUGGGGGUCCAUCCAGCACACCUGCCGCAGGCCGCUGACAGAGUAUCGCCUUUACUCCCAUGACUUCCCCAGGUCCCCUGAGAAGGAGUGGGAAGGAAGGCAGCAGCAGCAGCAGCAGGCGACGGCCCUGAAUGACAGCUUGAAACGGGACUGUAAACCUCCGAUUCCCCCAAAGGUGCCACGAUGCAUCACAGAGGUGGAUCUGUCGGAACCAAACGUAAGUGUCAACUGGAUCUUGUGUAAUUUGGAGCCCAUUAGUUAGCCCUUGAGAGAGAUCUGAUCUGGGUUGUGUGUGGUACGUAACCACAGUCAGUGUAUUACCUACAGCAAAGAAAGCUGUGGACGGCGACAUCCGCGAAACACAUUUUAGACACUUUAAACACAAAGGCAGACCCAACAUAUGAAAUAUCAGUUUAUGUGUAUGAUAUAUGUAAUAUAUUUCCACCAGUUUACUUAGGAGACAGCUGUUUCUGUCGAGGAAUUAAAGUUGUAUCCAUCUAUGCUCUAGCCAAAGCCUCCAUGACUCCAUUGGAAAAAAACAGUAAUCUCGCAGAACACAGUCUAACCCUGCCUCGAUCGGUUGCUAACACCACACCACAGAUGCAGAUUGACCUGAAAGGUCAGUGCCUUUGCGUGAACGUCACAUCUCUCAAAGCACAAGACCUCUGCGGAUUCCCAGUGAGCACGUGCAGAGGGCACCCUGUGUGACACAAAGCAGUUAAAGCUUAACGUGACUUGGGGAGAAAAUAGAUGUAAAGGAUGAUCCGGUGUAGAGAUUACAAAAUCCCUAUGGAUCUAUAGUGUCGUUGAUUCUUGGGGGUAAAAUGUCACUUUAUUGGACAUGAAGCCUCUUAGGAGUAAUUGAUGGCGUAGGCUUUGUACUGCAUAGCUCUCCGUCCAUUCUCUCUGCUCAUAUUUAAAAGUAACCGUUGGCCUGUUAGCAUCUGGUCAAUCAAGUAUCUGAAGACAUUUCAGAUCCUAUAUGAGAUUCUAAACACUGCAUACUUUUACAAUGUAUACUAUAAUGCACAUUUACCGCAAAUAUUAUGCUGUAUUCUUUUUUUUAAAUAAUUUAUUUUUAUUCAAUCCUCUUUAUCCCACUUUUAUUUUCACAAAUCACAUUGAUAAUUCAGAGGACCCUCUCUAACAGUGCUUUUAAAUAUAUUUAAAAUGUAGAUAUCUGGGGCCUCUGAAGUAAUAGAUUAGAAGCCUUAAUCUGGUUUGAGGGGAGUUUAAGGUUGAUUGCAAGCAGUGGGAUUAGGCACUGGUUUGGUCUUUAGAUUCCCUUUUUAACAACUGAUUGAAAUCCCCCGCGAUGUAAACACAGCGGUGAAAUCCCCACACGGCCUUCAGAGGAGAGUAAUGUCGGAUGCUCCUGCCUCUCAGAUUCAGAGACGACGCCGUGUUUCUACGGUUACAGGUAGUUAUUUAGUGAACAAUCUACUGUUGAAGCAUCUCGUCU